GAUGGAGGACGUGUCAAUCAUUAAGAUCCAGCAGAAACUUAUGCUGGAGCGACUGGAGGAGGAAUUAAGUGAUUAUUUACUACUCCUGGACCAGCAGAAAAGGCAAUAAUAUCGUGGAACGACUAGACAAUUAAUCGGGAGGCAAAUUCGACGAGGAUAAAACCAGGGAGAAGGAGAGGAACUCCGAGGAGCAGAGUCUGAAAAACCAGUGAUCACCAAGGUUUGAGAACAAAAUAAUGUGGAAAUUGCCAGGAAAACUGAAAGGGCAGAAAAUUGCGAACACUGGGGAUGAAACUGUAAAAUAUUGAUCAAAAUAAACGGAACACCUGAGCUGACCAAAAUUAUUGCAUUUAACGACAUGGGAGAGUGAAAUAUGAGUCCAAGAAAAUCAUCAUUAGACAGCAGAGCUCUUCACUGGAUUUAACUCCUCAAACAAGGACAUCAAAUAUCAACUAAUGUCAGCUGUAACUGGGAUCAGCAACAAAAAGUUCUGAACUGUGAACAUCUUGACCUCAACAUAUUCAGUUCAACGGAUAACAGCCUGCAGAAAGAGUUACGGACUUGCAUCAGAUGUGUGACCAUGAUUACUGGAAUAGUGUUCCCUCGUUGAUUGUGAAUUUUUUAAAUUCUUUAUGCAUAGUUUUUGGUGUCCUGAAUGACUGUUGAUCUUGUCAAUCAAUCUCUGUGCCGUGUCUUCUGUAAAUCUUUGAUUUGACUCUAAAGUGCUGUACCAUACUGUGUAUUUUAGGUUUUCCUCCUCAACAAAACCUACCAUGUCAUCCAAACGUGCUGCACCGUCAAAGGCGCCUGCGGUAGCACCCAAAAGGCAGAGAAAGAUGCUAACUGUCACCCAAAAAGUUGGACUUCUGGACAUGCUAAAGGAAGGUAGAAGUUACUCUGCCGUAGGGCGCCAUUACGGAUUAAAUGAAUCGACGGUGCGCUACAUAAAGAAGGAGGAAAAUAACAUAAGGAGGACAGCAGCAAUAAGCUUUAACAAGGAUGCAAAAAGGGUUGUAACUGUCCGCAACAAGACCAUCAUAAGAAUGGAGUCUGCUUUAGCUUUGUGGAUCAGUGACUGCAGGAAAAGGAACAUUACGCUGGAUACCAACAUUAUCCGCACAAAAGCCAAAGCCCUUUAUAAAACUCUUGCUGGCAGUGAUGACGUACAUAACGGCAAUGAGCAGGGUGAUGUGGAGCCCAGUCCAUCAACGAGUGCUUUGCACUCAGAACCAAGUCCGUUUUAUGCCAGCAAAGGCUGGUUUGACAAAUUUCAGAAGCGCUUCGGACUUAAAAGUGUUUCCCUGCAGGGAGAAGCCACCCCCGCGGAUGCCGCUGGAGCAGAGGCUUACGCCAAAACCAAAUUUAAGACCAUAAUCAAGGAAGGGACAUAUAAGCCUGAACAAGUUUUUAAUAUGGGUGAGACGGGGUUGUUUUGGAAACAAAUACCCUCUCAGGCCAAAGCCUCUGGGUUCAGGGGCCAAAAAGAUCGAGUGACUCUGGUUAUGUGUGGAAAUGCCGCAGGCUUCAUGAUAAAACCGGGCCUUAUUUCUAGGUUGAAAAAUCCAAGAGCCCUAAAAAACAAGAAUAUGAGUGCUUUGCCUGUUUACUGGAUGCAUAACACCAUGGCUUGGAUGACAAAAGCGCUAAAUCUGAACUGGUUCAAAGGGUGUUUUAUCCCGGAGGUCAAGGGCUAUCUGACGGAAAAAGGACUUGACUUUAAGGUGCUUCUGCUCAUAGACAAUGCCGGAGGUUUCGCCGAUGAUCUGUCGCAUGAUGGAGUUCAAAUUGAGUUUCUGCCGCCAAACACUUCAUCGCUGAUUCAGCCCAUGGAUCAAGGCAUCAUCCGCACUUUCAAGGCGCUCUAUACGCGGAACACCCUCCAACAUCUCGUGGAUGCUAUGGACUCUGAUCAGAAUUUCUCAUUUAAAGACUACUGGCGCGAGUACACCAUUGCGUCAUGCCUCCAACAUAUUCAGAGAGCACAUCAGGAGAUGAAAAGUGAAACUUUAAAUGGCUGCUGGGAAAAACUCUGGCCAGAGGCGGUGCACAACCCUACCGAAAGCCGUCUUGAUGAGAUCCAUCGUUCUGUGGUAGAAACAGCAGUGAGUCUGGCUAAACGGCUCAGGGGAGACGGCUUUGAUGAAAUAACUUCUGAUGAUGUGAAUUCCCUGAUUGACGCCCACUCACAACCGCUGACAGAUGAAGACCUAGCGGAGAUGACAAAGCCACCAAGCGAGGGUGAGGUAGAAGAGGAUAAAAAGGCACCAAGUGUUGAUGUCGACAAGGAGGAUGGACUAACAAUUGAUCACUUGGCAACCAUGGUGAGAAUGGCCAAUGAGCUUCAGCGAGCUGCUCAAGAAUGGGACCCUUGUACGUUUCGUUCAUUACAGUUUUCAAACGUAAUUGAAGGUAGCAUGUCCAUUUAUAAGCAUCUCCUCUACAAGAAGAAAAAAAAGCGCCAACAGCUACUUCUUAACAAGAUCUUCACACACAAAAAUACAUCCGCAGCGAAGCCUUCAGUGGAAAAAGAUGCAACGGUGAAGCAGAUCAAGGAAGAAGAGCUGUGAUGUCCUCAACCUUGUUGGAUGAUUGUUAAAGACUGGCUUCAAUGAAAAUUGUGUUUAUGUGUUUGUAGCAUUUUUCUCAUGAUGGAGUACAUAUAUAUAUUAAAGAUUAGGAUUAAA